AUUUCUGGCCUGUUUAUUGCAGAAGGUAGCAGGAUGAUCUUGAAGGUUCUUCUACAUCCAAGCUUCCCCUAGGAGUGGUAUCUAAAUCAUCAGUGGUCAGCUGGGCAAGAUCCAGUCCCAGGAAAUCCAGUUUGUAAGUAGCCAGGAGAGCAUUGCCAAGCCCAUGCUGCAUGCAGAGCCACAGUGGGGCUGGCUCUAGACCAGCUCCAUGCCUCACCUGGCCUGAACACCUGCCUGUGGAUAAACAUUGCACUGAACACAUGAGAUGAGGUAAGUUUGCUGAACAAACUUACCCUGCUGUAGUUGAGCUGCUCCCAAGUGGAAAGCAGGCCCUGCAGGAAAAACUGGGUUAGUUUGUUAGCCUAAGAUAUCUUUCCCACUCUGCCUGGCCACCACAGUGAAACAACUGGAAUUAUCUGCUCCAAUUUUGUAGAAAUUUAAAGUUUACUUGCUUUCUUCAGAGCAUAAAAAAAAUUCCCUCGGUUAGGGCCACAUUCUGCAAUUUUUUGUCCCCUGAGUUCUCUCAACAUGAGCACCUUCAGAGCAUUCAUAAUUUCUGGUCUCUAGGAUGUCCACAGUACAAUGUAACAGAGUUGAGUUCAAUGGGGCAGCAGUUCCAUGAUGUGAUUCUGGUGGCCUCAGGCUGAGGAGUGUAGUGUAUGCCUGGCCAGGCUGAUGCAGAGAAGUGUCUGUGAAGAUGUGGUGGCCAUGAGAAGAUGUGAUUCUGCCUGAAGGUAGUUUUGAUCCUUGGACUUGCUGUUGGAGUAUUUGUGUAAUGCAGCUUCUAAAUAAAGCAUGUGGUCAGUCUUUCUCAGUAAGUGCACUUGUCAAGGGCUGUGGGCCAUUUGAAGAAUAUUUCUCUGGAAAGAUGGAUGGACUGGAAGACCAUGUCUAUCAGCAGAUCUUUCACUAAUAAGUAGUAGAGUUGUGUCACUGCUUCAAGGGAAACCUGAGGGUCAGCACCCAGAAAGUGCUGGGUGUCACCACUCUGCCAGGUUUUCCUGAUGAGAUGGGAAACCAAAGGUCCCAGUGCUGAGGGAGUAUGGUCCCAACCAGUAACAUCACCUUCCAGUCUGAAGUGCAUUUUGAGUUACUGUGCCACAGACUUUGUAACAUUGCUGUUGGGCUGAGCCUGUGGGCCCAGAAUCACAGUUCCCAGUACUGGCAGCAUCUCCCAGCAAACUGUUCUUGUGAGCAGUGUCAGCUCCCGUUUCUUGGAAGACUUUGCCCAGUGAAGCCUCAGCUUCCGGAGCCAGGCAGCACACUUGCAGGAAGGCCUCAUGUGGGAGGUGUCCCUGGGUGAGCCUGGCCCUUAUCUUGGCAGCCAGCUGCAGGGGAUUAUCUGGGAGCAGAGCAAUGCACACGCUCUUGCACUGGCUGGGCUGCCUCGAGACCUUUCUCUUGGGCUGUAAAGCCAGCAAGAAAACAAGGACUGAGCUACUUUGAGCUCUUGCGUCGCUGGUGGAGGACACCAAAUUCACCCAACUUUAGAAGCUCAUCCUCAGAACAGAACAACAAAAGACCUUGGCUGUGGUGUCAGUCCUGGAGUGUGUGGUGUCUGGUCUCCACCUUAUCCAAUCUCACCAGGGAAGUGUUUGCAGCUGAAAAUGAACAGUGGAAUUCUCUUGUCCCUCCUUGGCUUCCUCCCACUUGUGACACCCAUAUGCCCAGUGCCAUGCAAGUGCACCACCACCGUUACUGACUGCUCCUUGCAAAACCUGACUGUAGAAAACCUGCCCGCUGCGUUCCGUCCCUCGGCUGAAAUCAUCCACCUCGGUUCCAACAGGCUCACCUCUAUUCCCAAUGGGCUCUUUGACAACCUGAGGAGCCUCCAGGUGGUCUACCUGCAGGGCAACCCUUGGGAGUGCACCUGUGACAUCCUCUACUUGCGCUCCUGGCUGCAGUGGCAGCAGAACCGCAGCCUGUACCGGGAUGUGAGGUGCAGCUCCCCGGAGCACCUGCGCGGCCGCAUCAUCGCCUACCUGACAGAAGAUGAGAUCGUCUCCACGUGCCAGCAGUGGUACUGCAGCCUGGCUCUCCUCUCUCAGCUCUCUCUCUUCAUCCUCCUUUUCCUCCAGGCUAUCUUGGUUAUCCUCAUCAUUGUCUACCAGCAGAAAUUUCGGAGAAUGACCGCUGAGGUCCGGAGCACCACCCGAGAACUAGACCAGCAGGUAGACCCUUGGGUAUCUUCUUCAACAAACCCCUCCAACAAUAAUUAACAUCACGAGACAGAAAACCCUCCUCCCUUUGGAGGACGCUGUGCAGAAGUCCUGUAGUUUGUGAUACCCAGAGGGGACAAUUUAGUACAGCAACUAAUCCUGACUGCAGUCUGGAGCAGGACUUGAACUGAUCAGACUUUUGCUGUGUCCCUAAAGAAUCAAUCUUGGGUUUUUUCAAUGCUUUAAAUUCUUUAGCAUGAUCUUGACUGCUUGUCUGAGCUGGAAGUGGUUCUGUAGACUAAGGAAGUAAUAAACUACAGCAACCAGAACUGACUCAAACAGCUCAUAGGGGCUCCAGUGCUCGAUCCCUGCCCUCCUACAGUAUUCCAGCCGUAUUCCCCAGGAUGCUUCUGGUUGUGCUGGGUCAGGGGAGGACAGAGGUGGGCAGCAAACUGUUUGAGUACUGAGCUAGGACAAUGGAGAAAUACAGUUUCCUUCUGCUACCACAGACAGCAUAAAGAGCUUUGGACUAGGGAUUUAGUCUUCUCCUGUCUUGGUUUCCCAAGUAAAAGGGAAAGGAAAUAUCUUCUUGCUUGAUGCAUCUUUUCCAAUGUUCUUCUAGGGGAGGGAGGGCAAGUCUAGAAACCCACUCAUUUUACCUUAUCUGCAUUCCUUUUAGUCUACUUUAGUUUUAAUACUGACUUAAGUGAGUGAGACUGGGGCCCUGAAUCUUUAUGGGAAUUCAUCCUGAAGACAAGAAUUGUUUGACUGUGCCUGUAUGGCACCUGGCACAAGAGAUCUGAUCUUGAGAGACUCAAAACUACAAACCCCACUGAUGUGUCUACUGCUGUUUAUGGUGUCCCUUAAUUAUUUUUGAAAUAAAGAAAAAUUUAAAUAAAAUUAUGCACAAUUAUA